AUGGAUCCCUUCUACACUGCAGCCUCCCGGCACUUUGACGACCUCUUCGCACGCUGCGGCACGCCAAUCAUGAUUCUGACCUCAUCAAGGAACGCGAACCGGUCGUACGCGAAUCGAAGCUCAGCGUCGAGUACGGAGAGUGACGUCAAGCACUUGAAUCAAUUCUUUCCGCGGGACAAGCGGAUGAUUUAUCGCGCGUGGGACAUGUCGCGGGCGUAUAAGGAAAUGCAAAACGUGAUCGGGUACCUGGAAGGUACCGCGGAGGAGUCUGUCCAGACAACGGGCUUUUUCCACUCAGGAUCAGAGCUAUAUUCGCAUGCAUGGCAAAUGGAGGCAGAGCAGAAUCCAGGCAUUACAUGGCGUAGCACGAUGUCACUCCAGAAUGGCAUCAGCCGCGCAAACUGCGUCGACUGCCGUGACCAGACGAAUGCCGCUCAGUUUGUCUUCGAGAAACGCGCACUUGGCCACCAGCUGUACGCGCUCGGUGUAGUUGAUUCAUCUUAUCUGGCAUUCGAUUCAGAUGCUGUGAAUAUGCUGACGGAAAUGUACCAUGACCACGGCGAUAGUUUGGCACUGCAAUACACCGGAGGUGCACUCGUCAAUCGGGUCGAGAUCUAUCGACACAUGCCAGAUUGGAACAGUCGCUCUAGAGACAUCAUCGACAAUCUCCGCCAUUUUCAUGCCAACUCUCUUCUCGAUGCUGACAAGCAAACCGCUAUUAACCUCUUCCUCGUCAUGAGUCUCGACCAGCAAAAACCUCGCCCUCUCCAACGCGAUGGGAAUCAGAAAUGGUACAAAGAAAAGCAUCUCGAGCUGGCCUACGUGUAA